AGUAUGUGAUUGCAAGCAUUGUUUUGGUGGACUUACACCACAAGACCUCAGAGGAACUGAUGGUAUGUCUGAUCUCUUGAGAGAUAAGAGAAACAAUUGAUGUGUGAAUCGGUGGACAUAAACAAUGCGUUAUUACGAGAGUUCGCAGACAUUUCAUUACAAUUGGGAACAAGUAGUGAAAGCCUUUUGGUGUCGAUAUCCCAACCCUUUUAGUUCUCAUGUGUUGAGCGAAGAUGUGGUGCACCGAAGAGUGGACUCAAGCGGCAAACUAUUGACCAAACGGUUGAUCAGUAAAACCAAUUCCGCCCCCAAAUGGACCGAACGAUUCCUGACGUCGAAGAAUGUUUUGGUGGUCGAGGAGUCGGUUCUGGACCCCAAUGGCCACACUCUGACCACUUAUACACGCAAUAUAGGACUCAAACACCUGAUGACCAUCGAGGAGAAGGUGACCUAUCGGUCCAGUGAUGACGGCAAGGGCUGGACAGUGGCUGACCGCCAGGCGUGGAUCGACUCGUCGGUGUUCGGUCUGUCUUCGGCGGUCCAGAGGUUUGGUUUGGAGAGGUUCAAGAAGAAUGUGUCCAAAGCGUGUCAGGGAUUCAACUUUGUGUUGACCGCCUUAUACGACAACUUGAACCCAGAAGUGGUCACUACUUCUGAGAAUCACAUUUCGAUUAAUCCAUUGCUCAGAGAGAAACUCAAAGAGAAGGCUUUGAGGGCCACGGAGUUCGCGGCCGCCGCCAAGUCUAAGGCCGUACCCAUCGUUGUGGCCGCCCAUAGACACGACUCCUCCUAAGCAAACCAAUCCAUUGUUAGCUUUUUAUAUAUCUAUUCUAAUGAUUAUUAAACAAUUUACAAACUUUUGUAAUUAUCGUAAUAUUUUAGUCAACAAUUUGUCAAUAAUAAAGAAAAUAUGUUUUAUUUUAA